UUUAAUUUAAACCGAAAUUAGUUUAACCUUCGAGAGAAGACGCGGUGGAACCGAUGGGGAUCUCUUCCUCCGUACCUUCGUACUCCGCCUCUUUAUCUAACGCCACCACGGCCUCUCCUCCUCCUCCUCCUCCGUCGCCGCCGCCUUCAUCGCCGUCACGCGUCAAUGAGAAAUCAAACGGACCUGAGAGGCCUCGAUUCUUCGAUGGAAAGGCGAAGAACAAGUGCUGGUCAAACGCUGACGUCGUCCCCGGUCGACAUCCCGAGAGGUGGCGUAAAGACGCCGCCGGAAACGUCGUCUGCAAGAGAUUCGGAAACUGCGGCGGAUGUCUCUGUUUCGAGUACGAUCACAUUGUUCCUUACUCCAAAGGUGGAGAAUCGACGGCGGAGAAUUGUCAGAUUCUUCAAACUAGAGUGAACAGAUUCAAAGCAGCUCAGGAGAAUGUGGAUGCUGAGACACUUAAGGGAUAUUCAUGUGGCUUGCAGUUCACAGACAAGGAGCUUGAUGUUAUUGAAAUGGCGGUUUACGGAGACGUGUUACGACCUGGAAAAGAAUGUCGCUGCAAAACUGUAGCCGAGCUGCUUGGUCAGUACAAGGCCAAAGAUGGUAAAGCCGCGUGCGAGUUACCAUCAUAAUAAUAAAGUAAUCAACCAUCUCUUUCUAAAGCAUUGAUUCACCUCAUAUGCUCAAACUUUGCAGAAAAGAUUUUAGUUCCAUCUAAAAUCUUUUACUCAAUUUGGUAACCAUCUGUUUGUGAGAGUAGUGAUGAUGAUUAUACACAUUUUCUCCUUUGUAUUUUGUUGUAAGAUUGGAAAUAAUAUUCAGAUUAAUCAUUA